GAUGGCGAAUUGAGCAAAUAUUAUGAGGAUGACUUACUUAACAAAAUGUUGGAAAACGAUUCGGUAAAAAGAAUUAGUUCGAAAGAAGUCGUCAAACAACUGGAAUCCAUCACGAAAAAGCUGGUUGAAAAAGAGGAAGAAUUUCGACAACUUUGUGCGCGUGACCCUUCGCGUGAUCUACUUGGAAGAAUCAACGUCUUUAUUCAUCUUGGAAUUGAUGUGCAUGCGAAGGACAAUGAUGGAAUGAAUGCGCUUCAUCAUUUGUGUUCGUCAAAUUCAAGCGCAAAUUUAAUUGAUGCCAUUCAACUCUUAAACCAACUGGGAAUUGAUGUGAACGCAAAGCAAAGAUUCUCAGGACGGAAUGCGCUCCAUAAUUUGUGUAGAUCAAAUUCAAGCCCAAAUUUAAUUGAUGCCAUUCAACUCUUAAACCAACUGGGAAUUGAUGUGAAUGCAAAGGACGAUUGGGAAAGGAAUGCGCUCCAUUAUUUGUGUUGGUCAAAUUCAAGCCCAAAUUUAAUUGACGUCAUUCGACUCUUAAUCCAACUAGGAAUUGAUGUGAAUGCAAAGGACAAAGAAGGGCGGAAUGUGCUCCAUUAUUUGUGUAGAGAUAAUUCAAAUCCAAAUUUAAUUGACGCCAUUCAAUUCUUAAUCCAAUUGGGAAUUGAUGUGAAUUCAAUGGAAAUUUGGGGAAUGAAUGCGCUCCAUUUUUUGCGUAAUACAAAUUCAAGCGCCAAUUUAAUUGACGCCAUUCAACUCUUCAUCAAACUGGGAAUUGAUGUGAAUGCAAAGAACAAAGACGGAUGGAAUGCGCUCCAUCGUUUGUGUUUAUGUAAUUCAAGCCCAAAUUUAAAUGACACCAUUCAACUCUUAAUCCAACUGGGAAUUCAUGUGAAAGCAAAGGACGAUGAUGGAAGGAAUGCGCUUCAUUAUUUGUGUGCAAACAAUUCAAGCCCUAAUUUACGUGACACCAUUCAACUCUUAAUCCCACUGGGAAUUGAUGUGAAUGCAAAGGACAAUGAUGGAAUGAAUGCGCUCCUUUGUUUGUGUUCAUCAAACACAAGCCCAAAUUUAAUUGACGCCAUUCAACUCUUAACCCAACUGGGAAUUGAUGUGAAUGCAAAGGACAAAUGGGGAAAGAAUGCUCGAACUUAUGUACGCAAUAACCAAUGGAUUAGGAACAAGGACGAAAUCCUAAAACUGCUCGACGCAGCACUUUUUGUUUGAAUCACAACUCGUCUCUAGGCGAUACAAUGCACUUUAACGACGGAAAAGUAAAAUAUGGCGUCUGCCGCAUACUCUGAAUUCUUAUGCUAUUUACCCCUUGAAAACUCAAAUUUCCCGAUUUCUUGGGUGUAUUGCACA